AUGGCUUACAUGUUUUCCUUGAAUCACAUCGGCCGCUUAGCCAAACUGGCCACUCUCUCCAAACUAACAUCUUUGAGGCUGAUCCACACACAACGUGGUAAUUUUACACCCAUGAAUUCACUACUGGGUAGCAGUCCAAUCUCUGGUUAUAAUCAAUAUAAAAUGGUAGCAAGAACCCAAUUGGACAGUGUAAAUCCAUACGUCAAGCCUUUUGGUUCAAGGAAUGAUGGAGGUCUAACAACAUUAGGCGCCGCUGUUGCUCUCAUGUCGGUAGGAGGGGUUGCCCAGGGUAUUGGCAACCUGUUUGCGGCCCUUGUAUCUGGAACUUCAAGAAAUCCUAGUGUAAAGGAAGAUUUGUUCACUUACACUCUAAUUGGCAUGGGAUUCCUUGAGUUUUUGGGCAUUAUCUGUGUCCUAAUGAGUGCAAUUAUGCUAUAUUCCUAA